AUGGCCCAGCAAGAACGCAAGCUUCCCUUUGGGAAGAUCGAGCCUAACUCCGCCAAGUACUUCUAUAGUUGUGCCUUUGGUGGAAUUAUCGGACCCACGCAUACCGCGGUAACCCCAUUGGACCUUGUCAAAUGCCGUCGCCAGGUCGAUCCCAAGAUCUAUACAUCAAAUUUGCAGGCAUGGCGCUCCAUCUUUGCCAAGGAGGGUCUGCGCGGCGUAUUCUUCGGCUGGUCGCCCACUUUCCUGGGUUACUCGUUCCAGGGCGCGGGGAAGUACGGGUUGUAUGAAUACUUCAAGAACCUCUAUGGGAACCAGCUAUUCCCAGACACCAAUCGUACUCUGGUCUUCCUGGGUGCGAGUGCAUCCGCCGAGUUCUUCGCUGAUAUGGCACUCUGUCCCAUGGAGGCUAUCAAGGUCCGCAUGCAGACUACUCUACCCCCAUAUGCUAGCAACCUGCGUGAAGGAUGGAGUCGCAUUGUCGCAAAGGAAGGAUUUGGAGGCCUCUACAAGGGAUUGUAUCCGCUGUGGGCGCGUCAGAUUCCAUACACCAUGACCAAGUUUGCGACCUUUGAGGAGACUGUUAAGAUGAUCUACCAGACCAUGGGCAAGCCUAAGGAGAGCUACAGCCAGUUGACUCAGACUGGUGUUAGUUUCCUUGGUGGUUACAUUGCAGGUAUCUUCUGUGCUGUUGUUAGCCACCCGGCUGAUGUCAUGGUCAGUAAAUUGAAUGCGGAUCGGAAAGCUGGUGAGGGAGCCAUGACUGCCGUAUCUCGAAUUUAUGGCAACAUUGGAUUCGCGGGUCUGUGGAAUGGACUGCCCGUUCGUAUUGUGAUGCUGGGCACAUUGACUGGAUUCCAGUGGUUGAUUUAUGAUUCCUUCAAGGUGUUCCUUGGCUUGCCGACCACUGGUGGUCACUAG